CUGAAGAGGCGUCUGAUAAAAGUGUGACGUGCAGGUUGUGCCAAUAAACAGUUUGGUUCUCAACCCAUUUGUGCCUGCAACUGAAGUAUAUUUAUUUUUGGUGGAAGUGUACUCUGGGCUUGCCUCGGCAUAAUCUGAAGUCAUUUUCCAAAUCGGUCAAACCGGCUGAAAAGUUAAGUCUGGUCACAUGAUGGGACUACAGUUGUUUUUCUAUAUAUUUCAUUAUAUUUUAGGAAAAACAGAAGUCUCAUUUGCCCAAACCUUGCAGCAUGCUCUUCAGUCCUCCACCGCGGGGCGGCGCUGUCGUUACAUUUGGUUUGUGUCGCUGUAAACUCUGUCCGAGGUCAAAGAUAGGAACACCGGCAGGUUAUCGGAAAGUCACCGUUGAGAAACAAACAGGAGGACUAAUUCUGAAAAACAAACGUGGUCACUAACUAGAAUUAAUAUGCCAUAACUAGGGUUGCGGUACUUCAUAAAACAAACCGUUAAUUGUUGACAAAUUCUUCACCGCUUGCUGCCUAAUGCCAGCUGAAGCGUGAUGCAUCCAGAGCAGCGCAGAACGCCUUUCGCCCUGCAGAGACGACGGGCAGAUUCAGCCCCUCAGGGCACGCUGAGCACCGGCCUACUGCAGGGCCUCAUCCAGAGCGCCAGGCCUCCUUCCUUCUGCUUCCUGGUCCCCAGGGUCCACGCAGCUGAUACGGCAGCUGCCCAGCCUGCACAGAUGCCCUCUCCUUCCUCCUCCUCCACCAGUCCUGCUCCUGCACCCAUCCCCUCUCCCAGCUCUUUGCCAAGCCACAUAGGCAAGCCAGAAUUCCCAGACACAGGAUGGGACCGUAUCAAGAACCUCUUUGACAUAGAUGCGGCGCAGAAGUACCCAGAGGAGCUGACCAACGUGAUAAAGAGCGGUGCAGUUGGUGGACUCGCAGGCUUGCUCUACGGAGGCCUGCCAGCAGCUCGCCACGCCAGGCAGAGGUAUAUCCAAGUCAGCCAGGCAGAAAUGUAUACCUGCCGAGUUGAAGCAGUGCGCUCGGCACAUAACGCAGCAAUCCGGGGGUUUGCGCGAUACGGAUGGAGAUGGAGCUGGAGAGUCGCUGCUUUUGUCUCCUUAUUCAAUUCUGUCAGCACGGGGCUGUCUGUGUACCGGGACAAGUAUGCUCUCAGCCAUUACACUGCAGCUGGAGCUGUGACCGGGGGCCUCUUCAGACUGAACCUGGGCCUAAGAGGGCUGGUGGCAGGGACAAUCAUCGGAGCGGUGAUGGGGUUUCCCACUGGUGCUCUGAUCAUCAGCAUGCAGUCAAUGACGGGAGAAACUGCCAGAGAGAGGAGGAGGAGGGAGCGCAGGGAACUCUAUGAGCUCAGACUCGCAGAAUGGGCGGCCCGUCUGAACUUGACAGAUGAAUUGAUUAAAGAUCUGAAUGUCAGCUCUCAGGCAGAGGAAACCAAUAAGGAAAUACAAAGGAUCCAGGAACUGCUCAGUUUACCAAAGAAUGAGGAUGUGACUCAGGACUCACGCAGCCAAUGAUAACAGCUGCCUUACUGCCUAAUGUGUGGGACAAUGAAGGUGGGACUUCACACAUCUGGGAGGAUGAAUGGGUCACCUCUUCGCCUGCACUCCACACACCUUCUCUAACUGAAUGGAAAGUGCUUCACAUCACAUCACCAACUACUGUCCUGUGUACUCGUACAUCUAUCUUUGUGAGGACCAAUUUGACUUUGAGAUGAAGCUUUAAUUGGACUUCAUGUGAGGCUCAUAGCAAUGGUGGCUUAACUUUUUAAAGAAUCGUAUUUGCCCUUUCUACUUGAUCUAACCUACAGUAUCGAGUGACACAAGCAAUGAGAUUCGAAAUCUCAAAGUUGCAAGGGAUACAACCUAAUAAAGCGUCCUCCACUAACAUAAA